UCUCGGAAGACUUCCUGGAUUACUCAACACACGCUCCGAAGCCUCGACACAGCAGGGACUCCCUGUUUGCCCAGCUGGAUCUGACGGUGACCAAGGCCGAGUCGGAGCAGCUUGCCCAGGCGCUGCAGGAGGAACAGUACUUUGAGCUCAGCCAGGAGAACAAGAAGGCGACGAGUAAACAUAAGCAAUAGGUCGGGGAAAGGGAGUCUACUAUUGCACAGGUGAGCAAUUCCUCCCUCCACAAUGAAUAUUAGCGCUGCCGACCUGCGGAAGAAGGAGAAGGAGAACCACAAACUCCAGCUGGAACUUUACCAGGAGAAGGAGAAGUUUAACCACAUGGCCAUCAAGUACCAGAAGGAGUUGAGCGAGAUGCAGGCGCAACUGGUAGAGGAAACCACGCAUCGCAACGACAUUGAGGUUUACAAAACUCAGGUCAAGGAACUAAAAGAGGAGAUUGAGGAAAGGAACCGGCAGGUACAAGAGGCUCAUAAAAAGGUGCAGGAGUUGUGCAGUGAAAGGGACUCCCUGUCUGCCCAGCUGGAUCUGACGGUGACCAAGGCUGAGUCGGAGCCACUUGCCCGGGCGCUGCAGGAGGAACAGUACUAUGAGCUCGACCAGGAGAACAAGAAGGCGAUGAGUAGACAUAAGCAGGAGGUCGGGGAAAGGGAGUCUACUAUUGCACGGCUUGAGGAAUCCAAUAAAACUCUGACCAAAGAUGUGGAGAACCUCAGCAAAGAGAAGGCGGAGUUAAUUGAGAAGCUCAGCACUCAGGAUGAAGAGUAUGCAGCUCAGAAGGAAGAGAUUGCGAAUACAAUCAAGGCCAACUACGAUAAGGUCCUCACCACAGAGCGCACACUGAAGACUCAGGCGGUGAACAGGCUGGCAGAGAUCAUGAACCGCAAGGACAUGAAUCAGGACAUGAAGCCGGACCUGCGGAAGAAGGAGAAGGAGAACCGCAAACUCCAGCUGGAGCUUAACCAGGAGAAGGAGAAGUUUAACCACAUGGCCAUCAAGUACCAGAAGGAGUUGAGCGAGAUGCAGGGGCAACUGGUAGAGGAAUCCACGUAUCGCAACGAGCUGCAGAUGCAGCUGGACAGCAAGGAGAGCGACAUCGAGCAGCUUCGGGAGAAACUGAACGACCUGACUCAGCGCAUGGAAAACUCUAGAGUCACCAGCCUGCAGACAGAUGAGACGGACAGCAACCUCGCAGAAUCCAGAUUGGAGGGUUGGCUGUCCAUUACUAACCGUGCUAAUAUCAAGCGAUACGGAUGGAAGAAGCAGUAUGUGGUGGUGAGCAGCAAGAAGAUUCUGUUCUACAACGACGAGCAGGAUAAGGAACAGUCCAACCCCUCAAUGGUACUAGAUAUCGACAAACUGUUUUACGUGAGACCAGUCACACAAGGAGACGUGUACCGAGCGGAGACGGAAGAGAUUCCUAGGAUAUUCCAGAUUCUGUAUGCCAAUGAGGGAGAGUGCAGGAAGGAGGCGGACAUGGAGACGGUCCCUCAGGGCGAUAAGACCAACUGUCUCCCACACAAAGGCCACGAGUUCAUCCCCACGUUAUAUCACUUCCCUUCCGACUGCGAGGCCUGCUCCAACCCUCUGUGGCACGUCUUCAAGCCGCCCCCGGCGCUGGAGUGUCGCCGCUGCCACGUCAAAUGCCACAAGGACCACCUCGACAAAAAGGAGGACGUUAUUGCUCCUUGCAAAAUAAACUACGAUGUGACCUCUGCUCGGGACAUGCUCCUGCUGGCUCUGACCCAAGAUGAGCAGAAGAAAUGGAUCGGCCACCUCGGAAAGAAGAUUCCCAAGACCCCACCAUCCACAUUUUCAAGAGCCUCUCCUCGGUCUAUGUCCACACGCUCUGGACCAAACCAGUCCUUCCGCAAGAACCCUGUGACGGAGUAG